CCCCCCCCAUCCUGUUUUGCAUCUUGGAUCGUCACCAUGGCAUUCGCCGACCUUCCUCCCCUGUCUUCCUACGAUGUCUAUGAGAAGGCACCUCUGCUGAGCUUCGUCUCGGAUAAGGCGCUGGCCAUUAUGCUCCCGCCCAUUUCCUACGCCGUCUUCUCCAUCCUGUGGGAAUGGAUCGACCGCAGCGAGCUCCUGACAAAGUACAAGCUAUACCCGCCCGAGGAGAUGACCAAGCGCAAUCGUAUCUCCAAGUGGGAGUGUUUGCGCGGCGUCGUGGCCUACCAUGUGAUGCAGAUCGCGGUCACUGUAGCCCUAACGUGGAAUGACGACGGCAAGACUUACGGAGGCCAGGAGCAGUUCUACAUCCUGCGCUGGGCCUCGAAGCUUCGCAUCCUGCAGCACAUGUUGCCCAGCCUGUUGGCCUUGUUCGGUGUCGACUCACUGGCUUGGAGUUCCAAGGUCCAAGCUACCUCGCCCACGCUGUCGGCCGUGCUCUCUGGGGGGGACUACACCGGUUUGAAGAACAACGCGACCGCAACCGGCAGCCUACUCGCCCAGUCGGUGCCUCUCGUUCAGGGCUUUGCUCCGUGGGAGAUUGUUGGUGGCAAGGCGCUGUACUAUAUACUGGUGCCUGCCUUUCAGCUGUGGAUGUGCUUCUUCAUUGCCGAUACUUGGUUCUACUUUGGUCACCGAAUGAUGCACAACUACAAAUGGCUCUACAAAAACUUCCACUCGAUGCACCACCGGCUCUACAUCACCUAUGCUUUCGGCGCUGUGUACAGUCAUCCUGUGGAGGGCUUCCUAGUAGACACAAUCGCUUUCACUCUCGGGGUGGUGCUGUCGAACCUGUCGAUCCGACAGGGGAUGGUGUUCAACGUCCUGGCGACGUGGAAGGCGCUGGUGGACCACUGCGGAUACGCGCUGCCAUGGGACCCCUUUGAGCUGGUCACGGCGGCGGACUCGAAGUUUCACGAUGUGCACCAUCAGACAUGGGGGCUUAAGAGCAACUUUGCCCUCUUUUUCACCUUCUGGGACCAGCUGCUGGGGACAGCCAAGGAGUCGCGAUACGGGCGGGAGACCAUGAUCAAAGCGGAUGACAAGAUAGAGGAAUAAGCUGGCUGAGCUGAAGCAUGACGGUCGUUUAUGGAGCAGAGGUAGAGAGGACGGAUGCGAUCGAGCUAUUCGACGCCAGAUGAUGAUCUGAUGAGGUAGAUGGAAGUUUGGACUAUAGGAGGUAGUAACUUAUGAUCUGGACAGUCUAAAUGUACUGAAUAAAAAUAACUGAAAAUCGCCUGGUUUCUUCAAUUUGAAAAUGCUUGGAUACUUCAAAUUAC